AUGAAGAACAAGGGAGCCAAGCAGAAACUCAAGAGGAAGGGAGCCGCGAGCGCGUUCGGCUGCGACCUGACGGAGUAUCUGGAGAGCUCUGGGCAGGAUGUCCCCUACGUGCUGAAGAGCUGUGCGGAGUUCAUUGAGACCCAUGGCAUUGUGGAUGGGAUCUACCGUCUCUCAGGAGUGACAUCCAACAUACAAAAGCUGAGACAAGAGUUUGUUUCUGACCAAUGCCCGGAUCUGACAAGGGAAGUUUACCUCCAGGACAUCCACUGCGUGGGGUCGCUCUGCAAGCUCUACUUCAGGGAACUACCCAACCCUCUCCUCACUUAUGAGCUCUACAAGAAGUUCACGGAAGCAGUAUCACGCUUCCCCGAGGAUGAGCAGUUGGCACGAAUUCAAAAUGUCAUCCAGGAGCUCCCCCCGUCGCAUUACAGAACACUGGAAUACCUGAUCAAGCACCUGACUCACCUGGCCUCCUUCAGCAACAUGACCAACAUGCACACCAGAAACCUGGCCUUGGUGUGGGCUCCCAAUCUCCUCAGGUCGAAGGAGAUUGAGGCGGUUGGCUGCAAUGGGGAUGCAGCUUUCCUGGAGGUGCGAGUGCAGCAGCUGGUGAUUGAGUUCAUCCUGAAUCACGUGGAUCAGAUCUUCAGCAACAACAGAAAAGCCAGCUGUGCGGAGAACAUUGAGAGCACAUCGGUUGUGAAGAGCCUGACCCUCCCCUCGGCCUCCCUGCCAAUGAAACUGGUGAGCCUGGAAGAAGCGCAGGCACGGAGUCUGUCUGCCUCCCACCCUGCUCGGAAGGAGAGAAGAGAGAACAGCUUGCCUGAAAUUGUCCCUGUAACCGGGUCCCUCUUCCACACAGUUGUUGACCUCCCUGACAGCAAGAGGAAAUUGUCUACCAAGUCCAAGAAAUGGAAGUCGAUAUUUAACUUGGGCCGUUCUGGCUCAGAAUCAAAGUCUAAACUGAGUCGAAAUGGCAGUGUCUUCGUAAGGGCUCAGAAGCUCUCUGAAAAAGCAACUAUUCGGCCUGCGAAGAGUAUGGACUCGCUGUGUUCCCUGCCAGUGGAAGGGGAGGAUGAGAAGAGCAGAUUCAAACGGACGGUGACUACUGGAGGGUUUUUUGUCCCAGUGAUGAAGAUACGUACGGGAGGCACAGGCAGCUCGUAUGACCUCAGCAAGGAGAAUGAGUGGGAGCGGGAUGGAUCCGCUGUAGGGGCCAAAGGAUGCUCAGAGCUGAGUGAGGAGAAAGGUCCUCCCCGGACACCACAGGCAAAGUCACCCCCUGAGCAGCUGAAGGUCUUCCGGGCAGCAGAGGAUGCCGAAAACGAGCAGACUUGCCCCAAAGGCGGCCGCAUGUUCUACACCUCUGAAACGGCCACCAGGUCAGGCUUCCAGCUCUUUCCCGUGGAGGCCUCCCCUCGUCGCCAGAGGAGAGCUCUAAACAUCUCAGAGCCCUUCGCCGUCUCUGUCCCCCUCCGGGUAUCCGCAGUCAUCAGCACCAACAGCACCCCAUGCCGUGUGCCCACCAAGGAUAAGCUUUCCCUCUCCAGCCUGGAGGAGCUGUCUUCCCUGGUGGCAGAGAGCACCAGCCCCUCUGCCCUGGAAGCGGGGACCCACACAAGGACAGAGCAGACGUCAGAGCGGAAGGAGAAACAGCUGGGUCCCACCCUGCAGGUGGCAGCAUCCAGAGGCUCUCACCCUGAGGAGAUGGUGGCAGCCAGGAAACCUGAGUCCUUAGAAACUCCACAGACAGCAGCAGAAAAUCAGAAGUUAUGUGGGCAAAGCACCUGCAGAAGCAGCACCAGCAGCCCCCGGCACUCCUCAGAGCAGAGUCCCACCUUGGAGCCAACACCAGCCUCAGAGGUUCAUAGGGGACUGCUCCCUGCAGACAAGGCAGAGCAAGGACAGCUGAAGACGAAAGAUGUCACUUCAGGAGGCAGCUGUGGCCAGCAGGAGAUCGAGACGGCUAAGACAGAAGAAGGGUCACAUUCCAGAGAUGUGGCUGAGGAGGAUCCUGCAAAUGCCCUUCUAGAACCACUGUGGCCAGAGAUACAGCAGGAACUGAAAAUUAUUGAACCUGAAGAGGAGCUUUUGCUAUUGCCAGCAGCUGACCCCAAGACAGACCUAAUUUCCAAAUCCUCUUCUUCAGUACAAGCAGAUAGUUUUUCCUCUGGUUCAGAACAGAGUCCAACACUGGCUGAGGAGAAAUCUGCAAGCAGAACACCCCAGGCAACAGCUCAGGUGCCUUUGUUUGGUGCUACCAGCACAGAACGACAAGACAGCCUCCGCAACUGCCAGUCUGAUGUGGCUGCACAGCAGAGCUGUGCUUCAGCCCUACCCAAACUGAGUACUCUUCUGACUGGCACAGACGCUCCAAAGAACCACCACCCCGUGGUGGAGGACAGCGGGAGUGAAUGUCUCACUCCUCCACUGGAUGGGAAUCUUCACAGACAAUCAGAAUUUAAUGAGGUUGCUGCAAGUGAUGAAUUAUCUUGUUCCAAAGGACCACAUCCAGAGUCAGGGAGAGAAAAAGAUAGCACUUGCCAGAUGCAGAGGGAAAAGGAUGAUCUUCCCAGAGCCCAGACUCAGAGGGAAAAGCCUCAGAUAAUGACUGCUGAUGAAAGGGACACAUUCUCCUCCAAGGCGCUGAGUGGAGCUGGAAUCCAGGAGCUGAAGGAGGGCAGUGCUGUUAGCAGAACCCAUGAUGCUGGUGACCAGGAUGACGAGGAUACCUGGACAGAUAAUGUGCAGAGCUUAGAACUUGUGGAGCCAUGGGAGGAUCACCAGUGGGUUACAAGCCCACUACAUUCUCCCACCUUUAAGGACAUCCAGGAGAAGAUGAUACAGGAGUUUCAGCCACAGAGCCAGAGAGCAGAAACAGGCCUUCCUCUUAGACCACGGUUCAGUCGCAGCCUCUCUCUGGACAGUAAAGACAGAGUGAUGAGUCUGUGGGCCAUCCCAUUCUCUUUCAUAGACGCCACCGACCAGCAGCAGCCAUGCACUGACAUUGUGCCAGUGACUUGCGAGCUGCCCAAAACACAACCCAUCUCGCCCUCUAGCUCGGGCAAAGCUAAGGAAAGCGAUAAUGGCACGAGGUCUCCAGAAGAACCUUUGAAACCUGAGGAGCUGAGGUACCCCCUCAGCAGAAAGGAAGCACCAGCUGAGAAAGGAGGACCCUCCAGAAUCCCUCUUUCAGAGCCAGUGGAAAAGAAAGUGGAUGUGAGCAAAGAAAACCCUUGGAACUCAAACCUUGAGCUAUCUUCAACAUACCAAAAUAGCCCAGGCAGUUCUUCACAGGUGAAGAACACAAAGGAGGAGUUAUCCAUGUCUCAGGACACUGCCCUGGGAGGAGAGGCUGAUACCAAGGCAUUGUGCUCUGCCACUGAGUCACAACUGAGUCAUAAAGGUGAAGAAACACCUCGCAAAGUGAAGACUAGGCCGUCGUCCCUCAACUUGGAUUCACUCCUUCCAGCCCCAGAUUUCUUCACAUUUGAGAGCUUGUCCAUGCCCUCUGGGAACCUCCUGUGUGGGCAGAAGGAAGUGAAAACCAGUGAUUCUGUCCCAUCCCUGCCGACUGCCUGCCCUGCUGCUGGUAAAGGCGUUCCCUGGGGGUCUCACUUCAAUGCCCACAUGGAUCUAGACUUGGAUUACCUGGCAGUAGCCCAUGCCACCACUGGCCGUCGUAACUCUGCCCCAGUCAGUGUGUCAGCAGUCAGGACUUCCUUCAUGAUUAAGAUGUGCCAGGCUAGAGCGGUGCCCGUGAUACCCCCCAAGAUUCAGUACACCCAGAUCCCCCAGCCCCUGCAGGCUCAGAACGCAGCUCCGCCAGCCGAAAAGAAGGAAACAGAAGCCAAACAGGCCGUCAGGCAGACUCAGCGGGUGGCAUGGAGCCACCUGGAGCCCCCCAAGAGCCCGCUGGCAGAGAAGAAAGCCAAAGCAGAGAAAGAAAACAGUGACCCAGCUCAAACGGACUCAGCCUGUCCUUGGCACAGCAGCCUAGGCUCUCCGCUGGAGCCAUCUCAGUCCAGCCAUCACCCCACUCUAGAUGCUCCUGUUCUGCGCCGAAAGCGCACCUCUGAGGGGGAGACAGCUGGAGAUAACCCACAGUCCUCAAAGAUGGAGAGGCCAUCAGGGUUCUCCAAGCCUUCCUACAGAUCUAGGCCCGGGAGGCCCCAGAGUCUGAUUCUCUUCAGUCCCCCUUUCCCCAUUAUGGACCACCCCUCCUCUUCAGCAGACUCCAGGGUGUUGUUAUCACCCAUAAGGAGCCCCACCCAGACCACCCCUUCGAGCCCCAUUUGUGGCGAUCUGUCUGAGACUUCGCGGACAACGCCGGAGGGGGUGACACUGCGGAACAAAAUGACCAUCCCCAAGAAUGGCCAGAGACUGGAGACCUCUACCAGCUGCUUUUACCAGCCCCAGAGGCGCUCUGUGAUUUUGGAUGGACGAAGUGUGAGGCAGAUCGAAUAG